UACCACUAUCACUCACUCUAUCCUUUCCUCUCCUAUUAAGUCUCUGUCUUCUCUUCCUCUCCAAGUUUUCUUGCCUAAUAAUAAUAAUUCCUUCUCUACUUAUUAAGUAACAGAGAAAGAAACAGACCUCGAAAUUAUUUGAAUCAUGAACACAGAUUGGGGUCCGGCGGUUGUGGCGGUUGUUCUGUUCAUACUCUUGUCACCGGGGCUGCUGUUUCAGUUACCAGCAAGGACGAGGGUGGUGGAGUUUGGAAACAUGUUCACAAGUGGAAUUUCUAUUCUAGUUCAUGCAGUUAUCUAUUUCUGUGUUUACACUAUUCUUGUAGUUGCCAUUGGCAUUCACAUUCGUCCUACUUCUACUUCUACUUAAUGAAUCAAUCAAUCAAUCAAUGUAUUUCUCUCUUUUAA